ACACGUUUCAGUAUUUACCUGUUGCUUUUUUGCUUCAUCAUGUAGAGAAAAGAGCACUACACAAAGAUUAUGUUGGCAACAUUCCAAUGCGGCCAUCUGUCUGUCGCUGUCAAAAUCUAGGUCGUUCUCACUCUCUGCUCUCUCGCUGUCAGGACGGGGAUCUGUGUACACGGGGACAUUUUAUGACCACGGUAUAAAAUGGAGCUGUUCGGUGUUGAAGUACCUGUUUGGGCCAUUCUGAUGGUGAUAGUCUGUGUUUGCUACACAGUAUUGAUGAGCCGAGAUUUCCUGACGUUCAGGAGGAUGGGAAUACCGGGACCGACACCUCUACCAAUUUUUGGCAAUUUGCUUUCCAUGAUAAAUAAGGGUAUCCGUGUGUUCGACCAGGAUGGAAUACGGAACUAUGGCAGGGUGUUCGGUCAUUACGAUAUGGUAGCUUCGAAUUUGGUAGUAGCGGACAAGGAGAUGUUGAAGGAGAUUCUAGUGAAACAGUUCAAUAACUUCCCAGAUAGAAUGCGCUUAAACCGGCAUCUUAAGCUGUCAAUACUUUCCUUUUACUACUAAAGACGUUUGAAGAUUUCAACGGCGAUAUGGAAAGAAGCCUUUUGAAUACCAA